GCACCGAUCAUCUUUAUGAGCCGUUGGGGAGCCGCUACUCACCUCCUUUGCCUCUGCUCCUCUCGUUGAACUGCAGUGCUACGCAUUGGGCGUCGUGGCGUGUUGUGCAUAGGUAUAUAUCAAUAACUGCUACGAAGAAACGUAGGUAGAGACCCCCAGACCAACCACACUUUCAAGACAUCUCCGAGGAGGGCGACAUGGCAUCCAAGGAGCUUCGUACAAUCUCUCGCGAAGAGGUCGCGCAGCACAACAAAGAAGGAGACCUCUGGGUCGUGAUCGACUCCAAGGUCUACGACCUGACACGGUUCCGAAAUCUUCAUCCUGGAGGUUCAUCCGUCCUCAUGGAGGAGGGUGUUCCCGGCCAAGAUGCGACGGAAGUGUUCUUCAGCUUGCACCGCUACGAGGUACUUGAGCGACCACAGUAUAAGCGGUUGCAGGUUGGCGUCGUACAGGGAGAGGAGCCAAGGAAUCAUCGGCAAUUCCAGCAGGCAAUCCGGGUAUUCAUGGAUGAGAUCGUCUACCCCGAUGCGCAGGCACGCGAGCUGGACGGCAAGCGCCCUCCCAAUCCGUCCGAGAUCGAGCUCCACGCAAUGCGCAUGGGGCCCGGGAAGCACCUCCAAGGGCGCACGCUCAUGGGCGGGCUCGUCAAGCCGGAAGAGUUCGACUACUUCACGAGCUCAUCAUCUCGCAGGAGCUCACGCGCUCUGAAGGCGAAGGUGCUGCCGGAGGUGCUGGGCGGGAAGAAGUUUAUAUGUUUGGCGAUCUCGGAGGCGUUUGCGGGGAGCGACGUGUUUGGGCUGCAGACUACUGCGACGAAGACGGAGGAUGGGAAGCACUGGAUCAUCACUGGCACGAAGAAGUGGAUCACGAACGGGAUUUUCACCGUCGGAUGCAAGACAGAGGUUCACGUCUACUCUCCCACCGCGGGCACUGCGUAUGUCAUCUUCGACAACGUCAAAGUCCCCGAGGGCGGAGGCAUCUUCCAACUUCAACAUGAACGGUGGGUGAUGUGCUGCACGUCUACUCGCGGGCAGCGGUCCAUUGUAGAGGAAUGUAUGAAGUGGGCGAACCAGCGGAAAGCCUUCGGGAAGCCGCUCAACUCGCUGGCCGUCGUGCGCUCCAAGCUGGCGGCGAUGAUCGCGCGGACGGAGAGCCUGCAGAACUGGCUGGAGAACAUCACGUACCAGAUGUGCAACAUGUCAUAUAGGGAACAGGCGAACAAGCUUGCAGGGCCCAUCGCGUUCUUGAAGAUGACCAGCACGAGGUCCGCACAGGAGACGGCGACGGACGCCGUACAGAUCUUUGGCGGGCGAGGGAUCACGCAGACCGGCAUGGGCCGUCAUAUUGAACAUUAUCACCGGACGGUACCUUUCGACGCGCUGUUGGGCGGAGCCGAGGACGUCCUUGCCGAUCUCGGAGUUAGACAGGCGAUGCGGAACAUGCCCAAGGACGCACGGCUGUAGAGCGUCCGGCGGGUCACUCAUCUCAAAGGGUUUCGCGCAGCUAGAUCUCUCGCCCGGCAACUUGGAGGCUGUUGUACACUGCAAUACCCCAUACAUGUACAUGUUAUUUGCCUGGUGUUGUACUGUUUUGUGGCUUUCAAUCGUAAUUUCGUCGACCCAUGUGCCGCCGGCAGUCGCGGAUCUGCAUGGAUCGUAAUCU